AUGCAGAGCACCAAGACGCGAAAGCUCGCCUUAGUGCGGCCAGCGGAUCAAAGUCGUAAGCAUCGGGACGAAGGGCAACUCGACCGAGCCGCACGACACGCAAUUCGAGAGGAGCCUGCCGUGCUAACAUUGUCGAUCAAUCCAGCCAGUCGCGUCUCUCCGAAGCUGAUCAGCUCGCAUAUCAACAUGGUCACGAGAAUACCCAACGAGGCAGGCCCAAGCCAGGUUUCUUUCCACUGCUUUGAGCUUUCCCCUCGACGAUCGCUCAAUCCUGCUUGCCGCGAUGUGCAGGCCACGCUCUCGUCCUUCCGCUUCUCCGCAAGCACGGUCGAGAGCCCCGCGAGCGGCGCUGCCGCCCCCUUGGAUCUACUCGGCCCUUCGGAGGAGGAUGAAUACGUCGAGCCUUUGUGCAUGUCGAAUGCCAGCAGCCGCAGACCGAGCGUACAAAGAACUUCAAGUGCUCCCGAAGCGUCAUCGUCCAAGACAUCGCUGUUUGUAGAGCCUCUGGCCGGUCCAUCUGUGCCGCGUCCAUUGGUGGCGCGCACGUGCUCGGAAAGCCGCGCAUCUGGUGUGCUGGAGCGUCGGCGCCGCAAACGCAACUUCAGAACCACGGCGCUGCCCUCGACAUUGAUGCUCGAUCUGGCAGGUCUUCCCAUGACUCUUGGUGCGGGCAACAUCGGCCUGCUUCAAGCCGCUCGUCGGGCCAUCGCUGAGCCGACGGGCUUCGAUUGGGGGGGACGUGCAGCCAUCUCAGCCCCAGCAUCGUCUACGAAAUCGCGUUUCUCGACACAGCAAGCGCAAAACUCAAGCUCCUGCUCGCCGGUUCGCGCUUCCAAGCAUACCACGAACGUCUCUCUUCCCGUGUCCACAUCGGUCUCGACUUCGACCUCGCCAGAGUCAUCCCAACCUGCCGGGGGUAUCGUAUCAUCGCGCUCGUGCACUGAGUCCCACUGGAGCAAAUGUGACACGGCUUCCGAGGAAUCUGAAUGGGACUGGGCGUUGGCCGGUACCGCACGAGCUACGCACGAGGUGUUGCGCUACAGCGCAUACAAGGAGAAGAGGGAGCCGGUGCAUGACAUUUGGAAUCAACUUCCGGACUGGAUGAGCCGCCGCUCGUCCCAUGGUGGUCGAGAUGCCGACAUGUCGCUGCGCGGUCCGGGCCUGUUCAGCGCUUUCGGCAUGAGCAAGAGCACUCCAGAAGUAUCGGAGGCAGCCGCGGCUGCAGUCGCUGCUGCGACACCGGCGGCUCUAGCCGCCGCCAUUGCCGAAGCAAAGCUGUCGAACCUCAGUCCACGCAACAGCAUCUCGGGACGUGGCCGUGCCGCCAAGAUGUCGGUGCACGUUCCCUACCGUGUCAUUGAAGAGUUGCCGCCACGUGACAGCUCGGUUUCGCCUCGAGCUUCGGUGGCAGAACUCGGACAACUUUGUUACGGCGUUGAAAGGAACCUACCCGGCCUUUCCUAA